AUGGAGCAACUCGCACGGCUCUCGACGCGCGCAAAUCCACUCAGCAAACUCGUCACUCGCUGGGUCCUCGUCGCGUUCCUCGGACUGGCUCUGCUCUGGUACUCCAAACCCUGGCUAGAGCUCUCGGCGCAUGGAGAUUUUACCCCACCCCUCUGGCUCUAUGGCCCGCAUUCCGAGAACGACGAGACCCCCUAUAAGUUUGCACCGCCGCCCCCGCACGAGCUGCAGGCGAUUUGGGAGCCGAGGAAGGAGGAGGUUAGAGCGGCGUUUAGGCAUGCGUGGAGCGGGUACAUGAUGAGGGCGUUCCCGAGCGACGAGCUGCUUCCGCUGUCGGGUGGCAAGUCGGACAAGUACAAUGGGUGGUCGGUUACACUGUUUGAUUCUCUGGAUACAAUGUGGAUUAUGGGGUUGCAUGAAGAGUUCAAGGAUGCCGUAGAGAGGAUUAAGGACGUCCAUUUCUUUCCUACCAAGCCCGAUCAUUAUGCGCCAUUUUUUGAGACGACUAUACGUUAUUUGGGUGGUAUACUUUCAGCCUAUGCAUUAUCGGGAGAAGAAACACUUCUUAGACUCGCUGAUGAAAUGGGCCAAAUACUCAUCCCGGCGUUCAAUGGUACAGAAUCUGGGCUUCCUGCUUUUUCAGUGAAUGUCGAAAAUGGAAAGAUAUUGUCGGAUUUGAACAAGAAGACUGUUCUCUUUGCGGAGGCGGCUUCGUGCCAGCUUGAAUUCAAAUACCUGGCUAAAUUAACGGGAAAUAGGGAAUAUUACCAGCGAGUGCAAGACACAAUGAACGUAUUCUACAAGGCCAACGUCUCGGAUGGUUUGUUCCAUGAUAACUGGCUGAUGAAAGAGGGAACACCUACUGGGACCCACUUCACCAUUGGAGCUACGGCAGAUAGUGGAUACGAGUAUCUGCUUAAGCAGUGGCUUCAGAGCGGUGAUGUUCAGGCGAGGGAUCAGUAUAUCAAAUCCGCAGAGGGUAUCAUCAACAACCUCAUCUACGUCACUCCGAAGCGCGGGCUCAUGUACGUGGGGGACCUACAGAACAACUAUUUGAUGCACCGCCUCGAACAUCUGUCAUGUUAUCUCCCCGGAGUGCUCGCCCUAGGCGCGGCGACGCUCGAUUUGGAGCCGGAGGUUCGUGAGCUGCAUGAGAUGGCGGCACAUGGGCUGGCGUACACCUGUGCCAUCUCGUAUGCAGACCAGGUCACUGGGUUGGGGCCGGACCAGAUGCAAAUGACGCAAGGAAAGAAAUGGAUUGAUGAGGUUUACAUGUGGAAUCAGACGGGACGGAUGGGGGAGGCCCCUGGUAUGAGGGAGUAUCCUGUUGAACGUGACCCACGGCGUCGGGACUAUGUGCACGGUUGGCCGAGCGCUUAUUUACUGAGACCUGAGACCAUCGAAAGCAUCUAUUAUAUGUGGAAGACAACGGGUGAUAUCAGAUGGAGAGAACGGGGCUAUGAAAUCUUCAAGGCGAUCAAUAAGCAUACUUGGACCAAAUUCGGCUUUACCAGCGUCUAUGGCGUCGAUUCGGUCCCUGUCACGUACACCGAUGAUAUGCCAAGUUGGUUCCUUGCGGAAACGUUGAAAUACCUCUACUUGUUAAUGGACGACACCGAUGUUAUCAACCUACGUGAAUGGGUGUUUAACACGGAAGCACAUCCCCUACCGAUGUUUUCUUGGACUGAAGAAGAGAAAAGGACAUUUAAAAUUUCAUCAUGA